UUUAUUUUGGUAAAUUAUUAUUGAUGUCGACAUGUUUUUGGUGAAUGUGCUUGAUACUGUGAGGUCGUUUUGGGUCAUACCGGUGGAAAGAUAGAAAAAGGGGUUAAAGAAGGGAUUACACGUGACAACUAAUAAACAAUUGCAUGAAUGUUGCUAAACAAGUGUCAUUGUUGAGAUGAAAAACAAAACCCUAAAGUUCCAUAAAAGACAGUAAAGUAAAAACCCUUGAUCUUACCAACAAUGGAAAAAAAGAUGCAAAGUAAAGUGAAAGAGGGGAAGGAUUGCAUUGAUUACUGUUGUUGGUUGAUUGGGUGUGUGUGUACAGUUUGGUGGCUUUUUUCUUUUUUGUAUCAGUUUUUGCCAGCUACAUUGAUUGGAUUUGAAGUGGUUGAAUCACCUGGGUUGAGGUUGGAUCGUGAAGGGGUUAAAGGUCUUCAUCCUGUUGUUUUGGUGCCUGGGAUUGUGACUGCUGGGUUGGAGCUUUGGGAAGGGAGGCCUUGUGCUGAUGGACUUUUCAGAAAGCCAUUGUGGGGUGCUACUUUGCCUCAAAUACUCAAAAGGCCUUUAUGUUGGUUAGAGCAUCUCUCUCUGCAUAAUGAGACUGGUCUGGACCCUCCAGGAAUUCGAGUCAGGGCAGUACCGGGGCUUGUUGCUGCCGACGAUUUUGCUUCUGGCUAUCACGUUUGGGCAGUCUUAAUUGAAAAUUUGGCAAGAAUUGGUUAUGAAGGGAAGAACUUGCACAUGGCUACAUAUGACUGGAGACUGUCCUUCCAAAACACUGAGAUUCGAGACCAAGCUCUUAGUAGAUUGAAAAGUAUAAUUGAGCUUAUGUUUGUAACAAAUGGCUAUAAGAAAGUGGUAGUUGUGCCUCAAUCUAUGGGGGCUAUUUAUUUCCUUCAUUUCCUAAAAUGGGUUGAGGCACCGCCUCCCAUGGGUGGCGGUGGUGGUCCAGGUUGGUGCGAAAAGCAUAUCAAAGCAAUCAUGAAUAUUAACCCGGCAUUUCUCGGUGUUCCGAAGGCAGUUAGCAAUAUAUUUUCAGCUGAAGGCAGUGAUGCUGCAUUUUUCAGAGCCGUGACUUCUGGCAUUUUAAAUUUUGAUUACCUUGGUCUUCAAACGGUUGAACAUGUCUUGCGGGCAUGUAGAACUUGGGAUUCAAUCAUCUCAUUGAUGCCAAAAGGCGGUGAAACCAUCUGGGGUGACUUGGAUUGGUGUCCUAAAGAAUGUAAUAAAUCUGAAAAGAGGGAACAUAUGAAGAAGCACUUUGUAUAUAACAGUACUUAUAAAUGCGGUGAUAUGCCGAAAGGUCUUCAUGUAAAAGAACAUAUGAAGUAUGGAGGAAUAAACUCUUUUGGCAAGGCCGUCUCAGAGUUACUUGCUUCACUUCUCACUACUCUCGAUUCAGAAUCAGAGGAGAUUUCGUCUGAACAUAGUACUUUUAACUUAUCAUGUGAGGAUGAUCGGACUGAAUGUAAUGAGAUACACCGAGAAAGCAUCCCAAAAGUUGCUAAAAGAAAGGCUAGUAAAGGAAGAACUGAUCUUGAUUUAUACAAUUUUGUGGCUCCAAAAAUGAUGAAGCGUGCUGAGGUUCAUUUCUCUCACGGGAUAGCAGAGAACUUAGAUGAUUCUGAAUACACACAUUAUAAAUACUGGUCUAAUCCACUUGAAACCAUGCUACCUGAUGCUCCGAAUAUGGAAAUAUACUGUCUAUAUGGUGUUGAAAUUCCUACUGAAAAGUCACACGUGCACAAGCCGUCCCCUCCUGACAAGUACAAGCACAUUCCUUUCCCGAAUAAUAGUUCAGCCGAUGAAGGGAAUGGAAGUAAAUUACAAAAUGAUGUUUAUUUAGUGGGUGAUGAUGAGCGUGUGAACAUUCUAAGUUCAGGGUUCAUGUGUGCCAAAGGAUGGCGCAGAAGAACGCGGUUCAAUCCUUCUGGCAUGGCUACAUAUAUACGAGAGUAUCAGCUAAGACAAAGAAGUAGUGUCCUUGAGGGUAGAGGUCUAGAGAGCAGAUCACGUGUUAACAACAUUAUAGGAAACACCGCUUUGAUUCAAGAUGUUUUGCGAGUUGCUGCGGGAGCCGCCGGUGCAAAUAUUGGAGGUGAUAGGAUAUUUUCGGAUAUCAUGAGGAUAUCUGAGAGGAUAAAUCUCAGACUAUGAUUAUGUUCAGCGGUUGGAUUUUCUUGCAUGGUGGUAAGUAAGAGCUGGUGAAGAAAUCUGCAAGAUUAAUGCAGAAGUAGAAUAUGUGCAAAAAAUAUGUAUAUAUUAGUGAAUUUUGAUAACUUAUAAUAGCCAUCAAAAGGAAGUUGAUAAGAUUUCUGACUAUAAUAUAUAAAGUAUAAAUUACACUAAACAAAUUUAGUAGUCAUUAUAUCAUGUAGUUACAAUUGAAGCAAAUCAACCUGAGAUUGGACAUUGUGUAAAUCUCAACAUAGCUAUGUCAUUUGAAUAUUAUACAGGAUUGUGCAUGUAUUAUGAAGGUUACAAUCUUUCUCUCA